UCCAGAAACACUACCCCGCCUGACCUCAGGCACAUGGAGCGUCCUCUUCCAGAGAAGUGGCAGAAGUUGGAUAACUCCAGAGCUUACCGGAAUAUAAACCAGCUCCGAGAAUACCAGUUGGAGGGAAUGAACUGGUUACUGUUCAACUGGUACAACAGGAAAAACUGCAUCCUGGCAGAUGAGAUGGGUUUAGGAAAGACCAUCCAGUCCAUCACCUUCCUGUUCGAGAUCUUCAGCAUGGGGAUCCGCGGCCCCUUCCUCAUCAUCGCCCCCCUGUCCACCAUCACCAACUGGGAGCGGGAGUUCCGUCAGUGGACCAACAUGAACGUCAUUGUGUACCACGGAUCUCAGAUCAGCCGGCAGAUGAUCCAUCAGUACGAGAUGUUCUACAGAGACACACAGGGUAACACCAUCCCAGGCAUCCUGAAGUUCCACGGCGUGAUCACCACCUUCGAGAUGAUCAUGGCCGACUGUCCGGACCUGAAGAAGCUGCACUGGCGCUGUGUGGUGAUCGACGAGGCCCACCGGCUGAAGAACAGGAACUGCAAGCUGCUGGAGGGACUCAAGCUCAUGAACCUGGAGCAAAAGGUUCUGCUGACAGGAACCCCUCUGCAGAACUCGGUGGAGGAGCUGUUCAGUUUGUUGAAUUUCCUGGAGCCACUGCAGUUUCCCUCAGAAAGCACCUUCAUGGAAGAGUUCGGAAACCUCAAAACAGACGAGCAGGUGUGUUGA